UUCUACCUAUUUAAUCUCUGACUUCCCUCUGAGCUUCCUCCGGCCUAAACCUUUGGUGAUUCUUUAAGGAUCGAACAUUUCUUUACCAUAUAAUGGCAUUCAAGUCCUCCCUUCUUUGCUCUAUACUUCAACCCCAAAUGGAAUGGAAUUCGAAACGAGUACGAUCAUCGUUCCCCAACAUUCCUCAUGCGCAUGCGAGGAUUGCUUGCUGUCUACCUGAUGUUCCUCAGCCUGCUGUUUCACUGUACCACUAGUCACGUCCUGACCAAGAGACACUCUCACCUCCACAAACGAAUGGCCAAUUCACGUGAGAUCUACAACGAUUUUGGUGCUCUAAUCAAUGGCAUGCCCGGAUUAAUGGCAGCCGGACCCGGAGGGGUUCAAGGGCCACAGGAAGGUGGUGGAGGCGAAGAAAAGACAAAAUGUGUGAAUCAGAAUCAGAAGUGUAACGUGAAUGAAAUCAUCCAGCCGGGCGAUCCCAAGACCAAGUCCUCGGCUAUAGCCAUGAAGGCCGCGGCAGAUGCCAAGGCGGCCAGUGAGGCACAGUCGGCAGCUGGACAGGCGGCUGCCCAGCACAUCAAGCUGGAGCUGGCCGAGAAGGCCUUCCAGUCGGCCAAGGCCGCCGAAGCAGCGCUGAUGGGCAAGCAGAUGAUGGUCGAUCAGCUGGAGCAGGAGGUCCAGGAAGCCAAUGCCGUCGUCGAGGAGGAGACCAACGGCCUCCAUGCCACGGAGAACAAUAUGAACGCAGCUGUGGAGGCGGCUCGGGCGGCCACCAUGCAGUUCGAGACCAUCAGUGAGCUACAGAAGACCUCACGGGAUAAUCUGGCCAACAUCCAGUCGGUGGCAGUGGGCGCCCAAAACGAAAUGGCGGUGAAGACCCAGCUCCUGGAGGCCGCCCGCAACCGGAUGAACAUCCUCCAUAAGCAGCUGCUGGCUGCCCAGGAGGAUUACGAGAAGACCAAGGCGGCGGCCUACAAGGCAGCCUGUGCCGCCGUGGAGGCCAAGCAGAAGGCGUCCUCCAGCGCCUUUGUUGCCGCCGGGUCUCCCUUCGACAAGGGAAUCCAACGGCUGAGCAGGAGGAUCAGAUCCUUGAAAACCCCAGCCGUUUCCCCUGUUCAUCGGUUUCAAAACAAGCUUAUAUUUUGUAAAUGUUGAUUUUUUAAGACGAUGUUGAUUUGAUGAUACCGAUUUUCGUUUAUGGAUAUAUUUGAACCUUGUAAUACAGUUGUUUACUUUAUUUAA